CUCUUAAUAAAGAAAUUAAUUUUAAUAAAACAACAUUAUAUUAUAUAUAUUCUUUGUUUUCAAUUUGUUGGAAGCUUAUAAAUCUGAGUUGGCUGUGAAACAAGAGCAGCAACAGGUACUGAGAAAUCGAUACGAUGGAGCAAAAGUUAAAAGAGGAGGAGAAGAAGGUCGGUGUGAUUGAGACAUGGUUGAGGAAGCACACUCUUCUCUUCAAAGGAGCCACACGCCACCCUUUUAUUCUUAGCAUUCGCGAUGGUUCCAUCGACAUAACUUCCUUCAAAUCAUGGCUGAAGUUUGCUGUUUAUAGUUGUUGUAUUCUUGUGAUUCAGGCACAGGAUUACUUGUUCGUUCGGGCUUUUGUCCCAUUUGUGGCCAGUGUGUUGAUAAAAGCUUGGAAGGAAUCAGAUGAGAGUGGUGACAUGGAAGUAAUAUUGGGGGGCGUGGCUUCCCUGGAGGAUGAGAUAUCAUGGUUUAAGAGAGAAGCUAGCAAGUGGGGUAUUUCACUCUCUGAAGUUGUUCCUCAGCAGACAAACAAAAAAUACUGUGGGUUGCUGGAAAGUCUGAUGAGUCCGGACGUGGAAUAUACUGUGGCUAUCACAGCAUUUUGGGUUAUUGAAGUAGUGUAUCAGGAGAGCUUUGCUCACUGCAUUGGAGAAGGCUCCAAAACUCCGCAAGAACUGAAGGAGACAUGUGAAAGGUGGGGCAGUGAGGCUUUUGCUAAGUAUUGCCAAUCCCUGCAAAACAUUGUCAAUCGGCGCUUACAAAAAGCUUCUGAUGAAGAACUCAAGAAGGCUGAACAUACGUUCCUAAAUGUUCUGGAGUACGAAGUUGAUUUCUGGAACAUGAGCCGGGGAAAUGUGUGAUUUUGUUCAAGAAUCAAUGGUAUAUUCAUAUGCUUAAAUAAUCGAAGCCUAGGAAAAUACUACAUAUGUUGUUCGGUUGGACCAUUCACAUACUGUAUGGAAUGUUUAUUUCCUAGAAAAAUAGUUCUUAGCAAAAUCUCAAGCAUAUGGACAUAACAUGAGUUUGGAAUCUUACAUUUUGUUCAAGUUUUAUGCCCCCCAUUUUUAUCUCAAGUGAAAAGAAGGAAAGAGGCUUUUGUUUCUGAA